ACUCAGCUUCAUUAAGUUUCUAUCUUGUGAAUCAAACAGUUUUGCUAAUUAAUAUGAAGCAUUUAUUAUUAUUUUCCGUACUAUUAGUUUCUUUGGCUGCGAGCAUUUCCGCCAUAACUGACGAAGAUUGCGUGAGAUUAGCAGAAGAGAAUCCAUUAAAGAUUAAUCGUUACUAUGAGUCACACGGAUCUGACUGCAACAAGUACUUCCAAUGCUCAAGAUAUGGACUUGUGGAAUUCAAUUGUCCAGAAAGCUUGUACUUUGAUCGUGAGCUUCACAUUUGUGGACGUCCACGCGAAGUAACAUGCUAAGAAAAACAUUUAAGAGCUGUUUGUGAUGCAAACAAAACAAAUAAAUAGAAAUUCUUAUAUUUUUGCACAAAAAUAAAGUCGAAACCUGUC